CGAGCCAGACCAUUGCCGGGAGCGCGGGGCAUUCCAGAGCGUGAGACCCGGCGCCCCUCUCCCGCAGGCUCGCCGCCGCCAUGGCUGAGCUGAUCCAGAAGAAGCUGCAGGGGGAAGUGGAGAAAUACCAGCAGCUGCAGAAGGACCUGAGUAAAUCCAUGUCAGGGCGGCAGAAGCUUGAAGCACAACUAACAGAAAAUAAUAUCGUGAAGGAGGAACUGGCCUUGCUGGAUGCGUCCAACGUGGUCUUUAAACUUCUGGGUCCCGUGCUGGUCAAACAGGAGCUGGGGGAGGCUCGGGCCACAGUAGGCAAGAGACUGGACUAUAUCACAGCUGAAAUGUGAGUCUGUCCCCCACCCUGAUGCGCCUGACACCACCGAGGAGAGGUGCUGGGAACCACUG